CACUGUUGUACAGUCAGUGUCGCUAUGAAGGCAUAAAAGAACUAAAAGGAGCACGAAGGAGUGUGAAGUGAGAGGAAAAGUUGGGAGGGAGUUGGCAGUGUGUCAGGAGCAGACUCUUGAGCUCUGUACGGCGCAGAGCUGACGCACUAAAGCUCAGAGAGAGAGGGAGGGAGGGGAGAGAGACAGCAGUGGCCAGAUGGAGCUCUGUUUGUUUUGAAGUAGCUGACUGCUGCUGAGAGCAGGACAGACUGUCGGCACUGGUGUGCAUGAGGGGGAAAAACACAUCACACCCAGUCUGGGAGACAACAGGACAGCAAACUACUGUUUUCUGUCUGAGUGGACAGGCCUUCUGUUGUAGCUGUGCUGCUCAGUGUGGAGGCACUCUAUGCAGCUCAAGGUCAGGAAGAGCCAGCAGCAGCAGCCUCCAGGGACUACUCUAUCCAGAUCCUGGGACCCGCAGAGGCAGGUGGGCUUAACUUUGUAGUGAUGAACUCCCACUAUGGAGGGCUAUAGGACUCUGAAGAGGAUGUGAGGCCUGGACUGCUGGCGAGAACUCCCACGACAGCGUCAGAUCUCCCAGCCUGAUCCUGUGUCAGAGACUAAGGGAAUGGGCCCGGCCUCACUGCAGGAGGAGAGAGAAACGGGGAAAGAGCCCAAGGAGGAGAUGGAGAGCUACCGCUGCCUUCUGCAGGCUGGUUCCCAGCUGGAGAGCACUCUGCAGCAGGUGACUGUCCCUGUGAGUCUGAAGGAGGUGGGAGGCUAUAUAGAAAAACAAGUGGCAUACCUGUCAGGGGGCCGUGGGGAAGACUCCAGCGUCAUCAUCACCCUCCCAGAAUGCUCGGCUUUCAGUGACAUUCCAGAGGAAGCUUUAACCAAAGUCUUUACAUACCUCACUCUCAUCCCUCGAACGAGGCAACCCGGAGUUAAAUUCAUCAUCAUUUUAGACCGAAGACUGGACACAUGGGCCUCUAUCAAAACUGCUCUUGCCAGGAUAGCAGCUUCCUUUCCUGGGAACCUCCACCUGGUUUUGGUGCUCCGACCCACCAGUUUCUUCCACCGUACUGUUACUGACAUUGGUUUCCGCUUCAGCCAGGAGGACUUCAUGCUCAAGAUGCCAGUGGUGAUGCUGAGCUCUGUCACAGACCUGCUGCGCUACAUUGACGAAAACCAGCUGACAUCAGAGUUUGGAGGCACAUUGGACUACUGUCACAGUGACUGGAUUGUUUUACGAACGGCUAUUGAAAGUUUUGCUGUAACAGUCAAAGACAUUGCACAGAUGCUUCAGGGUUUCGGAACUGAGCUGGCAGAGACGGAUCUGCCAGAUGAAGUAAAAGCCAUUGAGUAUCUCCUCGAUUCUCACACCGACAAGUACAGAAAACUCAAGGAUGCAAUCAGGUCGGUGUCAAAGGAGGGCCGUCAUCUCCUCUCCAGCCUGGAGGCAACUGGGAAGGAGGAUGACUCCCAGUGGGAUGUGAAGCUGGACUGGGAGACAGUCCAGAGGCUUCUUGCCCAGCUCAGAGACAUGGAGUCAGCCUUUGAUGGCUUCUUUGAGAAACAUCAUCUGAAGCUCCAUCAGUACCUGCAGCUGCUCAGAUAUGAGCAGAGCUUUCAGGAGACUGAGCUAUGUCUGGAGCAUCUCAUGGCUCAGGAGAGGGAACUGUCCGUAUCUGUGAACACUCUGGCUCAAACUGAACAGGCUCUCAAGAAGCUGGACAAUGUAGAAUCUAAUGCACAGGAGGUGAUGGCUCGAGCCCAGAUCAUCAUCCUCCACGGACACCAGCUAUCAGCCGGUCACCACUAUGCCAUGGCUCUCAUUAUGCAGCGCUGCAACGAGCUUCGCCACUACUGUGACACACUUACUGCUGCUCUUAAAACUAAACACUCUCUUCUCCUGCAAACACACCAGCUGCUGCUUUGUCUUGGGCAGGCCCAAACAUGGUGUGACGAUGGAGCGUAUCUAUUGGCCAAUCAGCUCGUAGAUAAGUUCCAGUCGAAGGAGGGGGCCCAGGCUGCUUUGAGGGACAUUGAGAAGUUCCUGGAGGGGGCGCCGUCUAUGCUGAGCUCAGGAGUUGACAUUCUGGCCAUCGAGUACGAGGCUGUUAUCACACCUCAACUUCAGGACCAGAUUGGGAAAACGUUUGAGAAGCAUGCAGCAGUACAGCAGAUGAUCCAGAACCGACAGGCUUGUCUGAGGAAGCUGGCUGAUAAACACGUACGACCGGUCCAACUGGUGGCCCCCAGGCCUGAAAACCCACCGCGCUCCAAGUCCCCGCUCUUCUCCCCAAAGCAUGGUGAUGGUUUGAAGUUCACGUUCGACAUUUCUUUGCCUGGGAAGAAAACAUCCCGAAAGAGCCCCAACCCUAGGAAAAUAGAGGUGAUCCAUGACUACCAGGAGAGCCGGAGCUGUGUGUCGUACAGUCUGGAUGGAGACGACAGCCCAGAUCUGUUGAAGCGUCACGUGAUGAGGGAGCUCAUAGAGACUGAAAGAAUCUACGUGGAAGAGCUGCUGUCAGUGCUACUGGGCUACAGGGCUGAAAUGGACAACCCAGCCUUGUCGGGGCUUUUGCCACCAAUACUUCGCAGUAAGAGAGACAUUCUCUUUGGAAACAUGCCUGAGAUCUACAAUUUUCAUAGCAGGGUUUUCCUCCAGGACCUGGAAGGAUGCCUGGAGGCUCCUGAGGGUGUGGGAGCCUGUUUUCUGGAGCGGAAAGAAAGUUUCCAAAUGUAUGAAUGCUACUGUCAGAAUAAGCCACGUUCCGAUGCACUGUGGAGACAAUUCUCAGACUGUGGCUUCUUUCAGGAGUGUCAAAAAAAGCUGGAGCACAAACUGGGCCUUGAUUCCUACCUACUGAAACCAGUCCAACGCCUCACCAAAUAUCAGCUGCUGCUCAAGGAGCUGAUAAAAUACAGUACAGAUGUUGAAGGCACCUCUGAGCUGCAGGGGGCGCUAACAGCCAUGCUGGACCUGCUCAAAUCAGUCAAUGACUCCAUGCAUCAGAUCGCCAUCACAGGAUAUGAGGGUGACAUUUGCGAGCUGGGCCGAGUGUUGAUGCAGGGCUCCUUCAGUGUGUGGAUCAGCCAUAAGAAAGGUCCCACUCGCAUGAAGGAGUUGGCUCGCUUCAAGCCAAUGCAGAGACACCUCUUCUUGUAUGAGAGAGCUCUGCUCCUAUGCAAGCGAAGGGAGGAGCAUGGAGACGGCUGUGAUAAGACCUCCUCUUACAGCUUCAAGCACUGUCUCAAGAUGACUGCUGUGGGGAUCACAGAGAACGUCAAGGGAGAUGUGAAGAAGUUUGAGAUCUGGUACAGUGGCAGGGAGGAGGUGUAUGUGGUUCAGGCUCCUACGGUGGAGGUGAAGAUGGCCUGGCUCAAUGAGCUCCGAAGAAUUCUAACCAACCAGCAAAAACUGCUUAGAGAUGAAGCAUAUCAUCAUGGCCAAAUGGCUGAACACAUGCAGCUUUCUCCGCCGCUCCCUGAGAGCAAACAGCAGAGAGCGUCAGUGAGCUCAGAGGACACUGAGUCAGGGAGGAGCAGUCCAGACCCCCAGCCACACUCUCCUAAACACCAGCACAACCGUAGGAGUUGGCCCGGAGCUCAUCACUCGGUAGACAUCUGCGAGGGUCUGGAGGAGUGGCCUGGAGGUCGGGACGGUUUCCACCCAUCUGACACAGAGGACGAGGUUUUGGUGCAUCUGUCUCCAGGCAGAUACAGGGCUUUAGCUGACUGUCUCCAAAAUGGACCAGACAGCAUCACGAUCAAAUGUGGAGACGUCAUCCAACUACAAUUUGAAGACAACAGGGGGCGCUGGCUGGUGAAAAAUCUGAGUCGGCGACAGGAGGGUUUCAUAGCAGCUGCCAGCCUGAAGCUGAUUAUAGGAGACAGCAGCCGAGAACACUCCUCCAGACUAGGGGUCUGUGUAUUUUCUUGUAGACCCGGGGAACCUGAAGGCAAGAAAGCUCAGCUCCCCUUAGAGAAGAAAGCACAGAAUGUGAAUCUAAUAUUUACCUGUGGAUGAUGAACAGACAGGAAAAAACAGACUGAGUCAUAGCUGUCUCAUAAGUGAUGCACUAUCAGCCACCCUCUCUUCACCUCCCAGUGCUGUCUGCUUUCUUCAGAGUUCAAUCAUUAGGGAGAAAAGUGUGGGACUCCACAGACCUGAUUUUUCUUCGUGGCUUUGACUGAUGAUCUUCUGAAGUUUUCUGACAGUGAAAGUGUGCAGAAGCACCAGCACAAAUGCACGGGAGAUGCCCCCUUCUGGACAAUCAACGGCCUGGUACAGCUGGAUCCUGUUUGGUCUUCCUCUUUUCUGAUCGGUGAUCAAUAUCUUGUCCCUCUGGCGCUCCACCUGCAACGCAUGCAGUCAAGAUGUGAGUUUGCAGCCGUGGAUCACUUCACAACCUGUGGACUCUUCAUUCCAGCUCAUUCUUGACAUGACAGUGUCUCUGAGUGCUUGAGUGUUUGUCUGUCUGGUGCCGGAUGGAUGCUAAUCCAGGAUUUGCCUGAAACAUUUCUUAAAAACGGAGACUGCUGUACAUAAACUGUAUCAUUUUUAACAUUUACUGUACCUCAGUGUUUCAUCUUUGUGUAGUUGGUUGACAUUUUUCCAUUGAAAUACUACAUCGUGUUUUUCUUACAUCUCGUUCUUUCGGCACCACUCUUCUGUACAGUCUGGGAGUUAAAAUGCCAAAAUGUGCCAUGCCAUAAUGCCUUUUUAUUCCUGCUCUUUUAGAGUCUCUUCUAUGUACUGUUUGCAAAAUCAAAAACCCUGUUCUUGUUUUAAACUGACCUCACAAAUAUUCAACAGGCACUUUACAAGGGUGGAAGGACAAUAGAGGGUGAAAUCCACCUAUUGUCUACUGAAUGUGUUCUUUGCUUGCUGCUUUUCCUCACCUACUGUGUACUUCCCCUGAUUCUAGCUGUUAUUUCCUUUGUUUAUUCUUGAAUGUAUGAUGCAGGGGGAGACAUACCCCCUACAUGCAGGCAGCGGUUGACAUGUCAGUGAUGGUAAUCUAAGACAGAGACGGACAUGAUGAAGAUUGAUGGCAAUGUAUUCCUCUGUGUGUGCCGUAGACAAAUGGGAGGCGUGUGCCACAGAGCGCAAAAUACUGUCAUUUUUCUUCAGCAUCUUUUGGGAGCCGACUGUCAGUCACUCACAGGAAAGUGAGGAAGAGAAUCGUAGGGAAAGAUGAUGCUGUGCUUACGCCUUCAUCACCGAGGCAGAUGGUUUCCUCCUCAGCAUUACAGCUCAGUUAAUCUUGAGCUCCCCAUUAAAAGGGAUCAUACAGCCAACAUGAAAUAUACCCUCUGUGUCGAACACUUAAUUAAAUAUUGAUUGCAGACUUAUAUGAAUUUACCACAUCAAAUUGAGGCCCCGGUCUGAAGGCUGCCUUUGAUACGCUGCGUUUGAUAUGGAAAUGAGUCAAGAAAGCAGCAGGGACCGCUGCACACUACGUAUUUCCUAUGUUGUUAAUUUAUUUAUUUUGCUGUCAUGUUGUUCCUUCAUAUUGUGAGGUAUCUGUGUAGUCCCAAAUGAAAUAAUGUCUCCAUAUAUUUACAGGAGCUAUGCUUGACUCUGCUACAACACCCUCCUUUGUUUUUCCUUUCGGCUCAUAUAACGCGAUCAGAUGGUUUCUUUGUCAUUUCAAUCCAAAAUGCUGCAGAAUUUGCACAGUUUUUCCAGGUUGGAAAACAAAAAGCCUGCUUGAAAUAUUACGUAUUCCAAUGAGCCAAGUAGCCUAAGCUUGUUGCUGAACUUUUCUUUUAAUGAAAAUGCAUGGCAACUGCACACCGGCCGGGUUUGUAUUAUUAGACAGUCACUGCUCUACACUGUUUAGUUUUUGUUUUUUGUACAACUUUGGUUCUGUGAAAACAAUCCAAUGAAGGUAAGAUUUAUUGCAAUAAGUGUUUUUUUUUUUUUAAAUAAUGGAAAUAACUGUUGUUUUAACAUGGUGUUAUGUUUGGCUGAAAACUAAGGCUCGUCUUUUUCACACACCCUUGUUUAAUCUAUUAUUUCUGUAUUCUUGUUUCACUGGAAGCUGGCUUAUGCAAUAAACUUAUGCAGACUCUG